UUUCCGGUCAAAACUGAGGCGUUUUCACGACUAACGCCAUGAGAAACACCGAGAUCACAGAUUCUCAUCACACCAGAUGAGCAACAAGCGUAUUAUUUUGCUGUCCACCGACGGAUGAGAGCAGUAUUAUUGCUGUUUGAGUCUCAGAGAGUCGUGUGAGGAACUACUGAGAGUUUCAGACUGAUUUUCUGACCUGAACUGAUGAAGAAAUGAAGUUUCCACUGAUAGUUUGUGUGUUUCUGCUGACGGUGAGCAGUUCACAGUCUGUGGACAUUACAGUGAGAGGAACGGAGAGAGAUCGAGUGAGCAUUACCUGCCCUUAUCCAGAAGGAUAUGAAAACUCCUACAAAUCCUUCUUCAGAGGACUUUACGGAGAGCAUGUCCUCAUACUAAAAUCUGAUGGAAAGUCCUCAGUGUCCAGUGACAGAUUCUCACUGAAUAAUAAUCCUCAGACCAGAUCAUUCACAGUGAGCAUCAGUGACCUGAAGAUGGACGAUGCUGGACCGUAUAUCUGUUGGAGUGGAUGGACACACCGCCUAGACGUCCAGCUAGAAGUGCUCAGAGAGAUAAAAACACCUGUCAAGAUCUCAACAACCAGCAUGAGUCCAUAUACAAACACUGAACACACCAGCACAGUCACUGGUGUUUCUCCGUCAGCGACUCAUCAAACAGAAACUGAAACAAGAACAACAACAGAAAAUACAGUUCAACUCCAGCAGACAAACAUCAGUUCAUUUGUGAUUAUCGUCACUGCGGAGGCUUUAGUUUUACUCCUGAUAGCAGUUCCACUGAUUAUAGUGGCUGUGAGAAAGAAAAAGAAGAAUAAAGGUCUGCUGUCGUCCAGCACUGUUGUGUUUAUUCCAGUGAUUUAUGAUCAGAUCAAAGACACUGGACUCUUCUGUAAUCCAGAGGACAGAGACACACAAACAACUGUAUUUUACAGCGGCGUUUCAUAAACUAUAACGUCCUCCUUCAUAAACACAGAUGAGUUCAUUCAGGGGCGUAGAAUUUAGUAGGAACUCUGGCGACGUGUCCCUAUCAAUAUCCA